UCAAUGGCUAAAGUUGGAAGAAUGAAGCUGGGGUCACAGGGCUUAGAGGUGUCUCAACAAGGACUUGGUUGCAUGGGAAUGUCUGCAUUCUAUGGACCCCCAAAGCCAGAACCUGACAUGAUUGCUCUCAUUCACCAUGCUAUUCAUAAUGGUGUCACAUUCCUUGACACCUCUGAUUUCUAUGGUCCUCACACCAAUGAAAUGCUUAUUGGAAAGGCUUUGAAGGAAGGGAUGAGGGAGAAAUCUGAAAUUGCAACCAAGUUUGGAGUAAUCUUUUCUGAUGAUGGAAAAUUUGGUAGCCGUGGCGAUCCGGCAUACGUGAGAGCUGCUUGUGAAGGAAGCUUGAAGAGACUUGAUAUUGAUUGCAUUGAUCUCUAUUACCAACAUCAAAUUGAUACUAAAGUGCCAAUUGAAGUCACGAUUGGAGAGCUUAAGAAACUUGUUGAGGAGGGAAAAGUAAAAUACAUUGGUUUGUCUGAGGCUUCAGCUUCAACAAUCAGAAGAGCACAUGCUGUUCAUCCCAUCACAGCAGUUCAAAUUGAAUGGUCUCUUUGGUCAAGAGAUGUGGAGGAAGAAAUAGUUCCAACAUGCAGAGAACUUGGUAUUGGAAUUGUUGCAUAUAGUCCUCUUGGCCGCGGAUUCUUUACAACCGGAUCAAAGUUGCUUGAUAAUUUGUCUCAGGAUGACUACCGAAAGUUUAUUCCUAGAUUCCAACCAGAAAACCUGGAGCAGAACAAGACUAUAUUUGAGAGGGUCAAUGAAAUGGCGGCAAAGAAGGGAUGCACCCCAUCUCAGCUUGCAUUGGCAUGGGUUCACCACCAAGGAAAUGAUGUGUGCCCCAUUCCUGGAACCACUAAAGCUGAGAACUUUAAUCAAAACAUUGGUGCCUUGUCUGUGAAACUUACGCCACAAGAAAUGACAGAACUCGAGUCCUUCGCUGCCACGGAUGCUGUGAAGGGUGACAGAUAUCCGGAGAAUAUAACUACAUGGAAGAAAGCUAACACUCCACCACUUUCUUCUUGGAAACCUGUUUAGAUUUAAGUCCAUUACU